GCGUAUUUUUAAAGAGCGAAUAUCGAGUCAUCUUUACUGCAACAGUGUACAAUCCGGAAGCGGCCCAGAAAUGGAGUUGGGCGAUAUUUUCUACAACAAAGCGGAGUAUAUCGAGACUGCUUCCGGGAACAAAGUCAGCCGGCAGUCCGUCCUGUGUGGCAGUCAAAACAUCGUCCUCAAUGGGAAGACAGUCAUACAGAGUGAUUGCAUCAUCCGUGGUGACCUGGCCAACGUGAGGAUUGGACGACACUGUGUGAUUGCCAGCCGCUCUGUCAUCAGACCGCCCUUCAAGAAGUUCAGUAAGGGAGUUGCGUUCUUCCCUCUGCACAUCGGGGACCAUGUGUUUAUUGAGGAGGACUGUGUGGUCAACGCAGCACAGAUCGGCUCCUACGUACACAUAGGAAGGAACAGCGUCAUUGGUCGUCGUUGUGUACUAAAAGAUUGUAGCGCCAUCGCUCCCAAUACCGUGUUGCCCCCGGAGACCGUCGUUCCACCCUUUACCGUGUUUUCAGGGUCACCAGGCCUGUAUGCAGGUGAGCUGCCUGAGUGUACCCAGGACCUCAUGAUUGACCUGACCCGGAACUACUACCAACACUUCCUGCCUAUAGCACAAGUAGCAUGACCAACACCCAGAAGUACUUCCACAAGUAGCGCCUUUCUGUUCUCAGUUGUAGUUUUACACUCUGGUCAUUUUCAGUUUGGAUAUUUUCAAAUGUACAUAGCAUAUUACGUUUGUAAUACAAGAUAAGAUACAGUAUUCAAAGUCUUCUUGGGCUAUAUUUACUACUAGUAGCUGUACAUGGAAAUUGAAAGUUGCUGUUACAGUAAUACAGUAGUAUACAUUUUAUAAAGUAAUAUACAUUUUUGCAUUUAUAAAGUAUUGAAUUUCGGGAUAAAGUUUUAACUUAAAAGACACAGAGUGCUAAGUAUGUCUAUGUCUUUUACACCGGACAGAUAAUAGAUGCAUUUUUAUGUAUUUUUUAGGUGUUUUUUUUUUAAAGAAUGCGUUGUUGCAGUCCCUGCCAAUAUGUAAUCCAAGUGGAAACCUGCCGUCAAGUCUUGUAAGGCUGAUCACAAACAGCUCCCUGCACGCUGACUCGGUAAAAGCAGCUGAGUGCAAGGGUCGGGGAGGGGUCGGCGUGCAUGCUGCUGCAUUAGGCAGGCGCUCAGUGGGUGUAUCAUCUCAUUAUACUGGCAGGAGUGAGCAAAGAACCUGACAACAUGUGUGCAGGGAGGGGAGCCAUUUUUGUGUUGAAGUUGACAUUUUCAUCAGACAUUUUUGUUCGUAAUUGGAGAUCGUUCGCAGCCCAAUCAAACAGAAAUGCUGCUGUUUGAGCAAAUUAUGAGAUGUAUCUUAUAGUAUAAUGAUAACAAUGAAUUGUGU